UUAUAGAAAUAAAAAUUUAGAAGUAGCAACUGAUAUUGAAAUUGAGAAGUAAUAUACUGAUAUUGAAAUUGUAUUCACUCUUAUCAAUUUGGGUAAUCUUUUGUUUUUACAAUUUAGCAAAACUCAUAUAAGCGAAAUAUAUACACGAAUAAAUAGAGGACGCUGAACUCAAGAAAAUAUCGACGUGUCUGCUUUAUGAUUGAUCGUAUUAUCAUGUGUAGAGGAUAAUCAGUAUCUGCGGAAAGAUAAGCAAAAUAAAGAGAGUAGUUAUUACAUACGUCAAAACAAUUUCAAGAUCGUCGCGUCACCCCGUACAUUCUCAGUAUAUUUGAGAGUGAUGUUCAGGUGCGAUUGCAGUAAUUGCAGGGAAGCGGUUUCGCGUACAGCUGAGAGAAUCACUUUGAUCCGGUCAAAUAAUUGUAUAACAUGAAGUGGAAACUCCGUGAUGUGUACAAAGUGUUUAGUCGUAAAAAGGUAGUGGACAUUACUCAAGACUCUAAACUGGCGAGAGUUUUGUCGACUCUCGAUCUCACAGCCUUAGGAAUUGGCUCUACUCUGGGAGUAGGUGUAUAUGUUCUCGCAGGAACUGUUGCAAGAUCCACCGCUGGUCCUGCCGUGGUCAUUUCAUUUGCUAUCGCCGCGAUAGCAUCGAUGUUCGCAGGACUCUGUUAUGCCGAAUUCGGUGCACGAGUGCCGCGUGCCGGAUCCGCAUACGUUUACAGCUAUGUCACAAUGGGUGAAUUUGUAGCAUUUCUCAUCGGCUGGACGUUAAUAUUGGAGUACGUCAUCGGUUCUGCUAGCGUGGUACGCGGUCUCAGCACGUAUGUCGACGCGCUUUUCAACAAUAGCAUGAGGAAUGCCUUUGAGUCGGCGGCGCAUAUCGACAUUAAUCAUCUAUCGUCGUAUCCAGACUUUUUCGCGUUUGGCAUUACCCUGCUAUUCUCAGUCGCGCUUGCUUUUGGAGCCAAGGAAUCUUCGCUAGCAAACAAUUUUUUCACGUUGGUGAAUCUCUCUGUCGUACUUUUCGUCAUAAUUGCCGGUUCUUUUAAAGCUAAUAUUAGCAAUUGGAAAACGGAGACCAAGUGCACCGAGACGGAUUGCAAAUUUGGAACCGGCGGAUUCAUGCCUUAUGGCAUAUCAGGCGUCAUUAGUGGCGCAGCCACGUGCUUUUACGGAUUCAUCGGCUUCGAUUGCGUGGCCACUACGGGGGAAGAGGCCAAAUAUCCACAACGAUCCAUCCCCAUAGCGAUUGUCGCGUCUCUGACGAUCGUCUUCUUGGCGUACUUUGGCGUCUCGGUAGUACUCACCACUGUGUUACCGUACUAUGAGCAGGAUCCUGAAGCACCGUUUCCCCAUUUGUUCAAAACGAUAGGGUGGGAAUGGGCUAAGUGGCUCGUGUCAAUCGGAGCGAUUUGCGGACUAUGUGCCAGUCUCUUAGGCGCGAUGUUUCCGCUACCGCGAGUGAUCUACGCCAUGGCUUCAGACGGAUUAAUCUUUAAGUGGAUGGGCAAAGUAAGCUCACGAUUCCAGACUCCGAUCAUGGGCACGCUUUCCGCCGGGCUUCUUACAGGCAUUUUAGCGGCGAUAUUUGAACUCACGCAAUUAGUCAAUAUGAUGAGCAUCGGCACGCUGCUGGCAUAUUCGAUUGUGGCUUCUUGCGUACUUAUUUUACGAUACGAAGAAAGCGAUGCAUACGAGAAGAAAGGCGAUCGUGAUCCAAGGACUUUUAUAUUUGUUAUGAAACAACUGGUGAACGCGAACAAAUUAAAUCAUUCCACGAAACUUACGGCGCAGAUCGUUACCUCUCUCGUAUUUUGUUACAUCGUUCUUUGUUUUGGAAUCGCUAUUUUGUUAUCAAUGUAUAUAACCGAAAUCAAUGAUGGAAAACCAACUUUCAUAGUACCACUCACUGUUUUAUCUGGCGCACUCGUGCUUACUCUCUGUUUCAUUUAUUUCCAACCGGUUUCCGGCAAGAAACUCACAUUUUCGGUGCCGUUAGUACCAUUCUUGCCGGCGAUCAGUAUACUUAUCAACAUUUAUCUUAUGACGAUGUUGGAUAAAAUGACAUGGGUACGAUUUGCUGUGUGGAUGGUAGUUGGUUUGGGUAUAUAUUUUGUGUACGGCGUGCGGCACAGUAAAAUUCGACAAUUAAAGUUGCCAGCGAGAUCAAGCGAUAACGAUAAUUCAUGGAAAGACGCUGACUUUUCUCAUGCCACAUGAAAAAAGUUUCUUGCAAUAAUAUCUUGUUUUAUUUUAAUUUAUUAAUUAAUAGAGUUUGCCAAUGAGAUAAACGCUUUUAAAGUAACAUAA